AUGCAACAGCGUCACUUUUCCAAUAACGACGCCUUGGUUAUCACCGUCUUCAUUGACUGCUUCCAAGUAAAGAGGGUGAUGGUCGAUCCGAGGAGUUUAGCUAAUAUCAUCCACUGGAAACUGGUGGAGCAAAUGGGGCUGCUAGAAAAAAUCAUACCGGCUGCAAAGGCCCUUGCUGGUUUCAACAUGUCCAGUGAAACUACUAAAAGGGAGAUCGAUUUGCCUAUGAAAUCCAGAGGAGUUGUAACAAAGUUCUAUGUGAUUGAUGGUGACAUGCGCUAUAAUGCAAUCUUUGGAAGGCUUUGGCUCCAUGAUAUAAAGGCGGUUCCCUCGAACUGCGUUCUUUUCGAAGUUCUUUACUCUAAAAAGAUCGAGCGGCAUUCGGAGGAACAGCUGCAGCAAAGGAGAUGUUUGCAAUUGAGGACCCUAAAGUAA